CCUCUAUUCUCAAUUAAGUGCACAUUUUAAGAACAAUACCUUUUCAAUAAUCAAGCAAAUUCCACUUUUCUAAAUUGCCAUAGCCAUAAACAAUUAAUGGCUCUCUUUAAGCUUCUAGUUGCAUCUCUUUUGGUAUCUUUUGUCAUUUUCCAUCUCGUUGAUGCUGAUGACCAAUUGGAACCGCAUGAACACACACAAAUUGAUCAAGUUUCUCUUCAGCAGCAGAUAGAUUGCAAUGGAGCAUGUGCUGCAAGAUGCAGCAAAUCAUCUCGUCCGAACCUCUGCCACCGGGCAUGUGGAACUUGCUGCAGACGCUGCAACUGCGUGCCACCGGGAACUUCUGGUCACCAAGAAAUGUGUCCCUGCUAUUACAACCAAACCACCCGCGGAGGCAAACGCAAAUGCCCUUAAAUUGAAUUCAUGAUCACCUCCAAUUUCCAUAACCAACUCAUGCAAUGCAACUUAUUUAUAUAUAAUAUAUAUACGGUUUGCAAUCGCAUAAUGCGUUACAUAUAAUACAAUACAAUAAUAAGUCUAUAUGUGUGUGGAGCAAAGGCUUUCUUCGUGGAAAAUAAACUCGGUUUAUUUUUUUUAUAACAAUGAGGGUCUAAGUCGGAAAAUAAACUUUGCUUUCAAUGUAUAUUGAAUUGUUUGCAGUGUGUUUGUGAAUGUAUUUUAUAAUAAAAUUGCAUGUAAUAAUCAUAUUAUGUUAGUCAUGUUCUUUAAUUUCCAGUGUUUA